AUGAAGCUUUGGUCAAUUUUUAUAGUCUCUCCAGUAGUUGUAUUGAGUUAUUUAGCCGUAGUUAGCUCCCUUUCGUUCAAUUUGCCUCCUGGACAAGAAAAGUGUCUCAGAGAAGAAGUCCACAAAGAUGUUCUUGUCACGGGUGAAUACAGAUUAUCGGAUGCCCCUCAUCAAAAAACGCAUUUAACGGUAGGUACAUGCAUGGUACUUUUAGUGUAUAGAAGGUUGAAUGGAAAGAAAAUAAUUUUGCCGCGUUAAUGAUAAUUUUGUAUCCGAUAUAGUUCAUUUAACUAUUCACAUGCGCUUGUAGUUCAUAUUGUACACAUGGUGAUUUCCUUUUGUUAGGUAACGGAUUCAACUGGGCAUGUCCUGUAUAAGAAAGAAGACGCCACCAAGGGCAAAUUUGCUUUUACAACUGAUGACUAUGAUAUGUACAAAGUAUGCUUGGAGAGUGAAGGUAGGAGAAGGAAUAAGCUGAAUGCUGAACAAAGUCAGUCAUUCACUUGUUAAAUCGGCUAAACUUCAGAAUACCUGUCCGAUGCAUCUUGUUUAAUAACAGUAGUCCCUACUGUGUUGAACUUUGUGGUAUAACAAAUUCUGACAAGUGGCCAGGUAUUGCGAAGUUGCUCAGUUGAAGCGUAUUGGAGAAUUUUGCAAGUGUAGCUAUUGUUUUAGGGUUCGAAAACAAUAGCUACACUUGUAAAUUACACUCCUGUCCUUGACUUUCGUUGGUCCCACGUACACCGUGAAGAUUGGUGCAUGCAUUGUUAUCAAAUCGUAACCACCCCAUCUGCCAUAUUGGAUCAAGUAGAUACUUCAUGUAACAGAUCACUUGCAGUUUGGGCUCAGGUUAUUUGUCCUACGUGGUUUUUGCUGACAAAGAAACAGCUGAUCCACCAUGGCAUAGACUGUUCAGUCUCCUAUUUUUCUGUAAGAUUGUUUAGAUCAAGCGCUUUGCGUGAUGGGCAGCCAUCUUGGAUGAGUGUCAAAACUACUUAGGGGGCAGGGGGCAGAGGGCAGUUUUCGCUUCCUCCUAAACCACCCUCCACUUGCUGAGUAGUUUUGACACUAGGGACUGUGAACAGUCUACCGUGGCACAGCAAAGGUUAGAUUCUUUCUUUCAUCCAAAAGUCCCGAGACUUGAAAAAAGAGUAGAUGUUGAUGGAAAUUCUGGUGGAGAUGGCGAUGAAGAAGAUAAUUUAGCCUUCAAGGCAACCUUAAAAAUUGUCAGAGAAAUUGGCUACAAGCAGAGAGGUUGGACACCCUGAUGGUCAUUUCAGCUGAAAGACCAUCAAUAGAAGAGUUCCCUUUUUUGAUGAAAUGGAAGGCAGAGAAAUCACAAAGAAUUUUUUCCACACCCAUCAUGGGCCACAAGUAACUGUGUCCCCCUAAUGUUCUUACAUGGCCCUGGGACUCCUCAAGGCAAAAUCUUGGUGAGAACACCGAGUUGGCAUACAUGCACAUCCCAUACCAGUCAACAAUUAUUGUCCUUGGGGGUUACAUGUUAGAAAGUAGCAGUUCAAAAAGCUGUUCAAUCCAAAACUACUUUUGUGCCUUAGAGUAUUAUAAUAGGCACUUACAUUUCUUCUGCAUGCUUGUGCACCAAUUGAAACAGAAUUUCUACUAAUCCUUUCUUCCAAAUUUAAGGUCAUGCAGGAGGUGGAGUAGAAAGAGAAGUUUCUUUAAAUGUGAAACAUGGUGUGGAAGCAAGGAACUAUGAAGAUGUAAGUUUUGAUUUUUGUAGCAAUAUUGCCUUAUGUCCCAGCUGGGAUGAAGAGCUUGAGUGAGUGAGUGAUUUGUAAUACAUCAAGUGGUCACACUAUAGGAUUUUGUCCUGGUAAAGCAAGAGGCAGACAGCCACAUGUUCCUGACACAUUCUGUCUAUAACCUUCUCACUCAGAGAGUUGUUAGCAACUUUGGACAAAACCUUAUUCAAUUGAUACUUCUUUGUUUUUUGGUUUAUUUGAUCAAAGUGAAAGCUCUAAAUUUAAAGCAGACACUAAAAUUUAGUACUGCUUUUGUUUUGCGCCAUCAUUUUGUAGUUAGCCAAGGCUGAAAAGCUGAAGCCAAUGGAGGUGGAGCUCAAGAGGUUGGAAGAUUUAGCAGAUGCUGUUGUUAAUGACUUUGCAUAUAUGAGGCAAAGAGAGCAAGAAAUGAGAGAUACAAACGGUAAAGAGUAUUAUUACUUUAGUGUAUUACAUAUCAUUCAAAGCCGUCAUUAAAGGAUGUAACUAAUUGUAACACUUGCUACCGCUGAGCUUACUUGAUGUUACAGUUGAUCAAAGUUAAAAAGCUAAAGGUGAACAUUCAUUUGCUGUGGCUGCUUCAAAACUUAAUUUUCUUUGAACAGUAGGGUCCACUUGAGUGCUAAUUUCGAGAAAAAUAUUUACCAACAGUAAAAUCAGAUUAUUUCAUAUUAUUGCCGAAUGACAUCUGUUGUUCAUUUCAGAGUUCCGUAGUCAUCACUUUAAACCAAAAAAGUUAUGAUGAAAAGUUCGUCACAGGUCAUUGUUUCUAUCUUAAUAACAAAGCCACCCUAAAAGUCCAUUACCAGUACACGUAUUAUACACAGACAUCAAGUACUUGUGCAAUUUAUUGAUUGGUGAAGUUUUGUAUCAGCUUCCGUAUUAUUUUUAAUAAUAUGUCUAUUAUUAUCUUGCAGAGUCAACCUAUUCCCGUGUGCUGUAUUUCAGUAUUUUUUCCAUUCUGUGCCUGUUUGGUUUGGCCACAUGGCAACUGUUUUACCUGCGACGAUUCUUCAUUGCCAAGAAGCUCAUAGAGUAACUUAAGGGAUCGAAAGCUCCUUUCACUAAAAGAGAAGGCAACCCUACUUUACAAACCAGAUACAUGUACACUCAUUGACUGAGCGAUUGUGAAUGGCUGAACUCUUGAGUUUAUCAAAUCCAACUUUCAAGCUGUAAACACACAACCAACCUCUUCACAACCACUACCCUUAGUCUGUUACAAAGUUUUUCCAGUGUUGUUAAUAAUGGCACUGGCUGUGUAGAGGGUAACAAGCAAUACAUGUGAACAAACAUGUAAGCAGUGAAGAAGGAUACAAAAGUAGAGAUUUUAGGUAUUGACUGUAGUGGUACAUGGUGGGUUGGCCUUGAAGGUUUUAGGGUUUUUUUUUUAGUGUUCAUAUGUUUUAUGUAACAUCUUAAACAUGAAGUGUUUCAUCUGCGCCUCAUUCUUAGGACCUCUCUUCUUCCUGUCCCAGAGACCACUUCAAGGGAACUAGCUUGAUUCAUCUGAUUCCCAUCCCAAUUGUUUGUUUGUUUGUUCUAUUUUUCUUUCUGUUUGCGAUGGGAGCCAAUGCUUGCGGAAAAUUUUUUUUUUGCCUUUUUCCCCCACUGCAGAGCCUGGUCUCAGGUCUUCCACUUCUCUAUUUAUCAGAUUAAACGUUUUUCAGGUUUAAUGUUAGCUUUACAUACAGCUUCUCCAAUUUAUAGUCAGUAAUUCUGAAGAAAUUUAAAGCUAAAGUUUGCAAAAUUUUAUGGUCACUAGAAUGAUGUUUUCUAACCUCCUUCGCAGUUGUUACCUCCUAUGUUUUCCCACAAAAAUUUAUUAAUAAGUACAUUAAUUUGAAAGAUCUUUCUAUUGGUUUCACUGUGACUCUCCUCUCGGAGAUGAGCUGGAUGCCAGAUCUAGUUUUGUAUAGGGAAAUGUAUAUACAAUAACAGCGCUUAUGUCAUCCUUAAAAUCACCUCUUUCAGUCUCUUUAUUAUAACAAGUAAAUACGUGGUUUGAAAAAAACUUGAAUUCUAACUUGUCCUUUGUACUAGUCUUUCUCGCAUUUUGCCUACCUUGGUUCAUCAAAAUAAUGCAUGUCUGUUUUUGAUUAAAGGAUGUAAAGGAUGAUUUGCAUGUCCCCAGCAAGCAAAGAAAGUAGCGUCCGAUAGCCUGGGACUAGUGGAUUUUGCUCUAGGGCUAGUGAAUUCUGUUCUUAACUUGCCUGACAGACAAGUGAAGUUUUAGGGGAAAUUCAAAUUACAGAAGAACUUAAAUCAAUCGUGGGGUCAAUUUAAUAAAACUUUUACAAGUGUAAUUUAGAAGCGUAGCUGUUGUUUUCAGAACCUAAAACAAUAGCUACACUUGUAAAUCACACUUGUAAAAGUUUUAUUAAAUUGACCCCUGCUCAUCAAAAAUUUUGUGGGGGGCUAAUUAAAAUAAAUUUGGGGCUAGUACUUGCUCCCUGUAACUGUAGUUUGCCCAAAUGGCAAGCUUUAAAACAUACCUUCUUGCACCCUGUGUCUCUAGGAAUGUUAGCAUGAAAAUUCCCUUGCGAGAAAGGGAAAUCAAAUCGUCCCGGAUUACAAAACAGGACUUUUUUUGUGAACACCAUGGUGAACCUUGAUAUGCUCUAUGGAUUUUGUUUUCAUAAUUUAUUGGUUCUUAAUCGGUAAGCUUUUGAAAUACUCGAGUCACUUCCUCUUACAGAUGUAUGCUUAACACUUCCCAUAAAAUAAUCGAAAAAGAGAAAAGAGAAAUAAUUUUGUUUAUUGUGAAGAAGGUUUGGUUAAUCCAUCAGUGACAGAAUACUAUUAUUUUCCAAC